GCUGCAUUAUUUGGGGAGAGGGGGAACCAGGAAGGCUGACGAGAGAGGAUUUCCCUUGCUUUUCCUUGCCUCAUCGAAAUUCGUCUUGCAGAUGCCAGCUGAGAUUUUGGAUCCCAAGUCAUUUUCUGUGAAAAAUGAACUUCUUCCUAACAUUUCCUGGAGCCUUCUGGGAAUCCUGAAGACAUAUUUAACAAAUGCACUGAGGCUUCUGCUUCGCCUUUUAAAAAAGAAGCUGUUUUCUCUAGCUUUUCCUUUCUGCUAAUUAAGCUGCCGCUUAGAGCGUUUUGAAGUGUUUUGCCAAUCUCGCCCAAAUUUGCUAGGGCAGGAGUGGCACCAUCUCCCAAAUCAAGCUGACAUGCAGGGUGCUUUGAGAUACAGCCAAGGGCUCUGGGCUUUCCUCUCCGCUCCUCCCAGCAGCAGCGCUGGAGCAACACUUAGAAGGGAGGUCCAGAAACGGACCUGGAAAAUACUUCCAGAGAUGAUGUCCUUGAAUUUUUGCGUUGGUAUCCAGUAGGCUCGCUUUGUGGGUAUUUGCAGAUCCCGUGCCCUCAAAAUCCCCCCUCGUCUGUAUGCAUAAAGGGAAUAAUAAUCUGAUUUCAGUUUGGGUUUUUUUUGCAUUUUAUGGUGGAUAGUUUUUCAGAAGCAGAACUUCAUCCGUGCCCAAAAAAUGCAUACGUAAAUAUUAAUUUCCCCAUUCCGACUUUUAAAGUUCUGCACAAGUGCAUGAAAAUAUACAUCUGAACGUGAGGCUGUGGACUUCGGUGCCUAACGGGUUUUGAGGUUGGAGCUGUACACUGGCCCUACGCCAGCCCAGCUGCUAAUCAUGUCAGUCGAGUGCUGGGUUUCUUACGGCUUUCUCUCUUUCUCUUCCUUUUUCCUUCUUAUUUCUGUUUCCCUUACGUAUAAGUCGUCCUAGAUACUAGAUAGUCGUCUUAGGUACUUGGAUACUAGAUGCUGGAGCUAGAUGGGGAAACAGCAUGUUUGUGGCUCAAUUUCUUCUUCUUGAGGACACAUUUCAUAAGGAUUUUGGUCAAAGGAACUUCUCGCUGCAAAAUAAUCGCCUCAAUUCAGGCGCUGGAUUCGGUUUACUUCACCGGCUUUGCAGAGACCAACAAGACCUUUGUGAUUGCUCGUCUGGCCAAACGUCCCAACGGGACCUGUGAGAUGUGGCUCUUCCUGAGGGUGGACGGAAUAGGAGAGUUUGAACACCCACAGCAUCCAAACAUGAUGGUGAGUGAUGAGUCUGAAGAGAUUUGGAGUGGAGGAGGGCUCACUAUUGAAUACCUGGAGCCCCAAAGUCGCUGGAAAAUAAGCUUCGAUGGAUUACUCAGGAAAGGAGCCUACCGACAGCAAUGGAGUGAAGAGGAAGGCGAACUUGUGCCGGUUAAAUUCUCUUUCCAUUGGGAGAACUUCACAGAAGUCUUUAACUUUAGUGUCGACAGUCACCCCAGCACAUUUGCACGUGCUUUUGCCCAGGAACCGUGGACCAUCGAGUUCUUCCAGAGGGUCAAAAAGCAAAGGGAACAACAUUUCCGACAUGAGCAGUGGGGCCAGUCUGUUGGAGAAAUUGAAAUAAAAAAUCACGAGAAAACGGAACUUUCCCUCAAAGGCGUUCGGAGCCACUCCUACGGUAUCCGGGACUGGUCUGAGAUUUACCGUUACGUCAUGAUUUUGGCACACUUUGAGGAUGGGACUGCGGCACAUUUGACGGUCAUUAAUAUGCCAGCUACCACAACUAACCUCGCUGUAGGUUACGUCUUUUUCCCCGAUGGGAGGAAGGCUGGCAUUGAGUGGUCCAACGCCUCGCUGGCUGAGAUGGCCGAUGACGGUGUUAUCAAGGAUGAAUAUGGAGUCAGUUUUACUGCUGGUGGCGAGUACUUCGAUGUUUCUGCAGCGCUGGAUCAGCAGGCUUGCCCCGCGGUGUAUAAUGGCCUGACUGGAAGAGGCGUUUUCCACGAGUGCAUUGCGGAUUUCCAACUAAACGGGUCAACGCAAGGCUGGGGCUUGGUUGAGUUUUAUUACAGGGACGAAGCCGCCCAGCUGGUUCCGAAUUUGCAGCUUGGUUCAAAAGCUGAAGGACCCAACCAUUCUUCUUGGAGCCCUGUGGCUGACGGCUCUCCCCCGUGAGCGUUUGCAAGCUUGUCCCAGCGACGUAAGGAAGCAGCUUUCAAAAAAUAAAUAAAUAAAUAAAAAGUCAUUCUCUGCAAAGUGCACAGUUUUGGGUGUGGAACUCAUCGUCACAGGAUGCUGCGGGGGUCAAGGGUAUAAAAGGAUGUGGAGAGAAAUGAGAGACACUGGUGGUUGGUAACCGUGAUGGUCUGGAGGCGAUUUAAAGGAAACCUGAACAGUUGAUUGCAGGAGGACUGGACUAGGAGGGAUCGCUCUACGCUCUGUCUUUCGGUAUUUUUCCUAAACUGCUAGCUGCUCCCCACCAUGAAGACCAGGACACUGGGUGACGUGGAUCUCUGGCCCAAUUUAGCAGUUCCUCUGUUCUUUCAGAUCUGUUUUUGAAAUAAAAGCUCUAU